CUAAAUUCUAACGACUGGAGAGAAUGACUUCUUCCUCUUCUUGUUUUGUCGUCAUUUUCAUGUCAAUUUUGUUACAAUUUCUCUUCGUCUCUGCUUCAACAAAACACAUCGACGCCAUAUGCCAACAUGUCACCGACAAAGAGUUCUGCGUCAAAUCUUUGACGGCAUAUCCUCCAGCGGCUUCUGCCACCGACGAGAUAAAAGCGGUUAAGGCCGCACUCGAUCUAGCCAGUUCCUACGCCGACAAGUCAAGGAAAUUCACCGUGAAAGUGGCAAACGAGAAUCCAAACUUGAAGAAGCAAUUCAUGCAGUGUGCAGAUUCCUUCCAAUCAAUUAUAGGGUCUCUCUGGAGCGCUACUAAGGAACUCAAGAUAGAUCCGAUGACUGCAAACUAUGAUGUCAUGGUUUGUUCCGACGAAACGAGGAUAGUGAAGUUCUCGAUCGGUAAAAAUAGAGACGGGGCUUCAAAGACUAUCAUGAACAUGACUAUGAUGAUGGAUAAACUUCUUGAUAUUGCCCGUGGAGCCACCGAUGUUCUUUGAUAAAUGAUAAAGGAGGACGAUGAGAACAUAUACUAUUAUAUCAGAUUUGCCAUUUUUGGUUUACUCUGGUCAAAGGUUGUUGUUAUUUCAUCUUAGGGCAUGCAAUGUUUUGAAAACUCUAUAAAUAUGAAUUUGUAAAUAACCGAUUUAAAAUAUAAUAAAAAUUAAUAAG